UAAAGGAUCCUAUUUUACUUGAAAUGUAACGUAUUCUCAUUAGAUAAUGUUACUUAAUAGUAUUUAUUUAUUCGGUAGAAGGACUCAAACUUAGACCUUGAUAGCAAAGAGAACAAUUCUUACCAACUCAACCGACUCAUAUAAUUUAUUUAUAAUUUUUUGAUUCGUCUCCUCUCGUAUGUUAGAAUAGUUUAUAAUAUUACUUUGUUACAAAAGUAUAAAUAAAAGUUUUUUUUGUUUAAUUUUUUCUUUUUGUCUUCUCUCUUUGAUUGCCACUGCAGGGCAGAUCCAAAUGUACAUUGAAAUCGCCAUCGAUGCAUGAUCCAAACUUGAGUGUAGGAAAAAUCCAAACUUUGUUUUGAAGGUUAAUUAGUGGUGCAUUAACAUUUGAGAGAGAGAGAGAGAGAGAGAGAGAGAGAGAGAGAGAGAGAGAGUAUGAAAAAUAAAGAUGAGCGAGGUGUAAUUAGAUCACGUUCUGAACCGGCUUUGAAUCCCAAUCGACUCAAAGACAAAUCUUUGGCUCCCUCUACCUCUACCUCACUUGCUGCCAAUUAUCGCAAUAUUGAUGCAUCCUAUGAUCAGGGGGAAUCAGCUGAAACAAGUUGCAAAGGUUCAGAUGUUAGAUGCCUUGAUGAUGAAGAUGCAUCUUGGAUAUCAUGGUUCUGCAAUCAGAAAGGGAAUGAAUUCUUUUGUGAAGUGGACGAUGACUACAUCCUGGAUGAUUUCAACCGUUCUGGUUUAAGAAAUCAAGUCCCAUUCUAUGAUUAUGCACUGGACUUAAUUUUGGACGUUGAGUCUUCCAAUGAUGGUACUUUAACUGAUGAUGAACAGAACAAUGUGAUCGAAUCCGCAGCAGAGAUGCUCUAUGGUUUAAUUCAUGGCAGAUACAUAGCUACUAACAAAGGAUUGUCUGCAAUGUUGGAGAAGUACAGGAACUAUGACUUCGGCAGAUGUCCAAGAAUUCACUGCAAUAAACAACGAUGUCUGCCUGUUGGCCAGUCAGACAUCCCAAGGUUAAGUACUGUCAAAAUCUACUGUCCCAAGUGUGAAGACAUUUAUGCCCCACAAUCCAAACACCAAGAUCAAAUUGAUGGGGCAUAUUUUGGAACCACAUUUCCUCACCUUUUUUUCUUGACCUACGGCCAUCUUAAACCGCAGAAGGCGAGUCAGAAUUAUGUUCGGAGAAUAUAUGGCUUCAAAGUCCACAAGGAGGAAUGAUCAAUCUUAUAGCUGCAAAGGUGCUUCUCUUGAUGAAGAAAGGUUGAGCACCAUGAUUCUUUGGCAGUGUUAAGUGGAAAGGUUCAUAUUCUUUCGCGUCAUGAUCGAUAUGUGGAUGGUGGCCAUUUACUUUCUGAAUAGAAAAUUUGAAGUGCGUCAUGGGGCUUUCCAAGGACGCGUACCUUCUUUCAAAUUUCAUGCUUAAAAGCUGAAGAGCAACCUCAGCCCUACUUAAAGAGUUAGUUUUUUUUUUCUUUUAACUUUUCUAGUUUUACCACCGAUGCUGUUUAUCUGCCUUUCUAGCAGAUAAAAAGCUCAUAACUUGCUGAAAGGAACCAGAAGUUUUUCUACCAGGAAAAAAUUGUGGACAGGAAAUUUUAUAGGAAACCAAGAGAUAGUGACAUAGGCAGUAAACCGGUCUAUAAGUAUGUUUUGAGUAGCAUUAAGUCUAAUACUGGCUGAGGAUAUGGUAGUACAGAUGACUGUUACCAGCAUUCUAGGGCAAAUAUCUGUUA